UUCGGAUGUACGCAUGGUGGUGAUGAUGUCAGUGUCAAGGAAUGUCGUCGUCGAGCAGAAGAUAUUAUGUCUGGAUUUUGACGGCAGCGACCGUGUGUCCAAGACGAGCCCAGGAAACGUGGUCAGAGUCGAGGUGAUGUUGCUCCCUCAGGCGCCGCUGACUUUCGUCAACGGCGUCCGCCGCUGCGCAAAAUCACGAUUCGCGCCACGAACUCGUUCGCUCGCACCGCUCGCUCUCAUGGAUUUCUGCACUCCUGUGCGACCCGCACCUUGUCGCCGGCUCCCAUUGCUGCAGCAGCAGCGUUUCGAUCCACUGGGCUGUAUCUUUCCCUCCCUGCUAUGGGUCGCGAGAUCAGCGAAAAGUCGGCGCAUCUGCAGGGAGGCGAAGGAGCGAAGCGCGACCAGAUUCUCGAAGAAAGCAAAUUGUCGCAGAUCUCGGAGACGACGAAACAUGGCGAGGGAGCAUUGGAAUCCCGUGGAGCUGCGAACGGUAGCUGGAAUGCGGAGACUCGGGACGAAAGCAGCCCUCCCGACACCUUGCAGAGGUACGAGCAUGCUCUCGACGGAAGCACGGAUUGGUAUGGACGACCCGCUCGCAGAGCAACGACGGGAGGCUGGAAAGCCGCCAAAUACAUCACAGUCGAACAAGUGCUCGUGAAUUGGUCCUACUUCGGAAUCGGCAAGAACUUGGUCUUGUACAUGACGGCCGUCAUGCACCAGGGCAAUGCCGACGGAUCAAACUACGUGACCAACUGGAUGGGCGCAGUUUUCGUCGCACCGCUCAUCGGUGCUUUCAUGGCCGAUUCCAACCGUGGACGCUACUUCACAACAUUCGUAUUCUCUGCCCUGUUCGGAAUCGGGCUGCUGAUACUGACCAUAUCAACGAACAUACACUCUUUGAGACCACCUCAAUGUCCAUCCCGGGAUCUGAAUUGCAAGUCCGCCACGGCAGUUCAAAGCACAGUUCUCACAAUCGGAUUGUACAUGGCCGGCAUUGCGUUCGGUGCUUUGACACCGCCCGUCACUGUCUUCGGAGCGGACCAGUUCGAUGAAAAUGACGCAGUGGAGAGAAAACAGAGAAGCUCGUACUGGAACUGGAAUUAUCAGGCGAUCACGCUCGGAGCCAUGGGAGCUGCCAUCGCCAUUGUGACGAUUCAAGAGAAUGUGAGCUGGGGUCUGGGGUACGGCAUCUGUGCUGGAUUGGGGUUUGUAGGCAUGUCCUUUUUCGUCGGGGCCUCGAAGUUGUAUCGUUUCCAGAAGCUCCAAGGGAAUGCAGCGAUGAGGAUCGCCCAGGUGCUGGUGGCGGCUUCGCGGAAACUCACUCUCAGAGUUAAAGAUGUCGAUAAACUGUACGAAGAGAUCGAUCCGGAAUCAGAACAAAAGAAGAAGAUUAACCAUACCAAUGGUUUCAAAAUUCUGGACAAGGCCGCAUUAUGGACUCCCAAAGACCAGAAGGCUGUACAAGUCACAGGUAAAGUUAAUCAGUGGUACCUGUGCCCCGUCACUCAGGUGGAAGAAGUGAAAUCGGUCCUGAGGUUGCUGCCGAUUUUCGCCACAACCAUCAUCUACUCCACUGUCUACAUGCAAAUGACCACCCUCUUCGUGGUGCAAGGGGAUAGCAUGGACACGAGAGUGGGGACGAUCAAAAUCCCAUCAGCAACCCUGUCCGUGGUGGAGCAGAUCACCAUCGUACCUGGGGUCAUAUUGUACGAUCGAUUGCUGGUGCCAGCUCUCAGAAGAUACACUGGCCAUCCCAAAGGGUUCUCGGACCUGAAGCGCAUGGGAGUGGGUCUAGUGCUGUCCAUCAUAGCCAUGGGAGUAUCAGCUCUGGUCGAGGCUAAGCGACUGCAAGUGGCCCGACGCUAUGGCUUGCUAGAAGCUCAGGACGAGGAGACGGCGCCAGUGCCUCUGUCGAUCAUGUGGCUGAUCCCCCAAUACUUCCUGGUGGGCAUCUCAGAGGUUUUCACGUACAUAGGAUUGAUGGAAAUGUUCUACGAUGAGUGUCCCGAGUCGCUCCGAAGCGUGAGCAACGCCAUUCAGCUCCUGACGAACUCCCUCGGCAGCUACUUCAGCACCAUUCUCAUCACAGUCGUGAACAAGGUCACCAGAAAAGACGGUGGAUGGAUCUCCAACGACAAUCUGAACACGGGCCAUCUCGAUCGCUUCUACUGGCUCAUGGUCGUUCUGAGUCUGAUCAAUUUCCUCCUCUACGUUUUCUUCGCCAUUCGAUACAAACCUCUGCAAAUGGUGCACCCUGUCGGACGCCCUCCAGUCGAGCUCGUGCCCUUUGACGAUGGGAGCAAGGGAGGAGUUAACGGCCAGGAUCCGAGCUCUCUUCUCACUCCACAAAAGGAAAAAGAAAAAGAAAGCUUCCGAGCACCGACAGGAAAGCAGAAACCUUCUCUUUCAUCGGAGACUUGAAUCUGUUUUCAGUUAACUGUAAUUCAAUAACUCAGUUUUGUUAAUUUAAUACGAGGUCAGGCAUCAUUGGACCAAGAUUCUGAAGU